CUCAGCUUCUAUUGCAAGUGAGAGAAGUGAGGCUGGGAGAAGGAGAACUGCCGGAGAAGGAGCACUGCCUGACAAGACAGCAGAGGUCAGACCCGCAGCUGCUGGCCCAGUUCUACUAUGCUGAUGAGGAGCUGAACCAGGUGGCCGCAGAGCUGGACAGCCUGGACGGGCGGAAGGACCCACAGCGGUGCACGCUGCUCGUCAGCCAGUUCCGCUCCUGCCAGGAUAACGUGCUAAACAUCAUCAGUCAGAUCAUGGACGAGUGCAUCCCCCAGGACCGGGCGCCUCGGGAUUUCUGCGUCAAGUUUCCCGAGGAGAUCCGGCACGACAACCUGGCUGGCCAGCUGUGGUUCGGCGCUGAGUGCCUGGCCGCGGGUUCCAUCAUUAUGAAUCGUGAGCUUGAGAGCAUAGCCAUGCGGCCUCUGGCUAAGGAGCUCACCCGCAGCCUGGAAGACGUGCGGGGUACCCUCCGUGACCAGGCGCUGCGGGACCUCAACACCUACACGGAGAAGAUGAGGGAGGCACUGAGGCACUUCGAUGUCCUGUUUGCCGAGUUCGAGCUGAGCUACGUCUCAGCCAUGGUGCCCGUGAAGUCUCCCAGGGAGUACUAUGUGCAGCAGGAGGUCAUCGUGCUGUUCUGCGAGACUGUGGAGAGGGCCCUGGACUUCGGGUACUUGACCCAGGACAUGAUCGAUGACUAUGAGCCAGCCCUCAUGUUCACCAUCCCCAGGCUGGCCAUUGUGUGUGGCCUUGUGGUCUAUGCGGAUGGACCCCUGAACUUGGACCGCAAGGUGGAGGACAUGUCUGAGCUGUUCCGACCCUUCCACACAUUGCUACGGAAAAUAAGGGAUUUGCUGCAGGCACUGACGGAGGAGGAGCUGCACACGCUGGAGCGGAGCCUCUGUGUCUCCCAGGACGUAGAGCUGCCCCUGCGGGCAGAUGCCCAGGCGCCCACUGCCCUGGCACCUGCCUUUUCUGCACCCCUUCCACCCGAGGAGUCGCUUUCAGUCAAGGCCAGAGACCCGGAGGCAGAGCUGGCCUGCUCCAUGCAGUACGAUGACCAGGAGCUAGAGGAGCUCAGCCGCAUGGUCCACAGGGCUGGGGACGAGAUGUCAUCGCUGUUGUCACCACCCAGUGCCUGCCAGUCCCCAGCACACAGGUCGGGGGCCGAGGGCAGUCCCCGGGGGGAGGCUUCUCCAGGCAGAGCACAGCUGAAGUCAGGCAGUGAUGAGGAGGAGCGGGUGUUCUUCAUGGAUGAUGUGGAGGUGGCCGAGGUCCCCUCCGGGCCUGAGUCCCCAGGUGGCCCACUUGGGUGGGCGGGUAGCACCCGAGCCAAUGCCCAAGAGAGAGAGCAGGGUGGGCAGAGUGGAGGGGCAGAGGUCAGCACUCCUAUCACAGAAAAGGAGGACUGGACCAAUAACAACAUCGAGGAUGACAAGAUAAGGCUGGCCAGUCUCGCAGGCUCCACCUCCUGCAGCUGCCAGGACUCGCAUUUGUCCCUGGAUGGCUGGGAGGUGAGUGGAGACGAUGCUGAGAUGGCUGAGAUGAUCGCCCACCGGACAGGAGGCAUGAAGCUGUCAGCCACAGUCAUCUUCAAUCCCAAAUCAUCUGCCUCCUUGGACUCUGCUGUGGCCACCCAGGAAGCCCCAGGCCAUGGCCUUUCCUCUCUGGAGCCCAGGGUCGAGGGCAAUGGGGACAGCUCCAACAAACUUAGCACGGCGGCCACCAACUGCCUCCUCCAUUCCUGUGUGUGUUGUGGAAGCUGUGGGGACGGCAGAGAGGACACAGUGGAGCACUUGCGGGAGAAGUGUGGCCCAGGGAGCAUCAUCAGUGCCUCUUACCCUGCCACAGGCUUAGCAAAGGCCAGUGACAAGGGCCCUGAGAGACUGGAUGAGGUCCAACCUGCCCCCAAGGUUGCCCUGCCCUCAGAAGAUGCCUCUGGCCAGCAGGAGCCCAAAGACCCUGCUUCCAACAAGUGCCUGGCACACACCUCAGGUCCUCAGGUGGACACAGCUAACGGGUUGCGAGGAGACGGUGAGGUUGCAAGCCACCAGAAGGAGCCUGAGGCCCAAGAGCUGGACCCAGGGAAACCAUCUGCAGCCAGGGGGCAAUGUCCGAGAAGAGAAACGGCCCAGGUAGAGCUUCAGUACCUGUCGGGCUCCAGCAGCUCCAGAGUUGGUUCCUGCUCCUCAGACCAGAUGGGGCUGGAGGUGGCCCCUACAGCCACACCUGCCACCCCCACAGCCACCAGAGAGAAGAUCCGGUCCAGGUUCCAUGGCAGCCACGACCUGAUCCACCGCCUGUUUGUCUGCAUUUCAGGUGUGGCUGACCAGCUGCAGACAAACUACGCCAGCGACCUGAGAAGUAUUCUCAAAACACUGUUUGAGGUCAUGGCCACCAAACCCGAGACAGAUGACAAGGAGAAGUUAAAGAAGGUCACCAAGACCCUGCGAAGUGCGGCCUUGGAGGGCUGUGCCUUGUGCCAAGAGACGCUGUCAUCCUCUGAACUCGCAGCCAAGACCCGCGACGGGGACUUUGAAGACCCCCCUGAGUGGGUGCCGGACGAGGCCUGCGGCUUCUGCACCGCGUGCAAAGCGCCCUUCACCGUCAUCCGCAGGAAGCACCACUGCCGUAGCUGCGGGAAGAUCUUCUGCUCCCGGUGUUCAUCACACUCAGCACCACUGCCCCGCUAUGGGCAGGUGAAGCCUGUUCGCGUGUGCACACACUGCUACAUGUUCCACGUCACGCCCUUCUACAGUGACAAGGCAGGCAUGUGA